AUGAAAGAUCUAGGACCGCUUAGUUACUUCCUUGGUCUUCAGGUUUCAUCAUGCUCUGAUGGAUACUACCUAUCUCAAGAAAAGUAUGUAUCAGAUCUGUUAGCUCGUUCAGGUAUCACUGAUUCUGCCACAGCAUCGACAUCGUUGGAUUCUAAUGCUCGUCUGACCUCUUUUGAUGGUGUUCCCCUCCAGGAUCCAACACUAUAUAGACAACUGGUUGGCAACCUUAUAUAUUUAACAGUAACUCGUCUAGACAUAGCUUAUGCAGUUCAUAUUGUCAGUCAAUUCAUGUUCGAUCCCCGCACUAUCCAUUUCACAGCUGUCCUUUGUAUUCUGUGUUAUGUUAAAGGUACGUUAGGACAUGGACUUCAAUUCCCCUCUAAAUCCUAUUUGGUUAUGUUUGAAUAUUUUUACAUUGAUUGGACGGGUGGUCCUACGGAUAGAUGGUCCACCACAAGUUACUGUUUUUAUUUGGGUGAUUCUCUCAUCUCUUGGCGGAGUAAGAAACAAACGGUUGUUUCUCGAUCCAACAUUGAAUCAGAGUAUCGUGUACUUGCUCAUGCAACCUCUACAACCUCAGAGGUUUUGUGGUUGCGUUGA